AUGUCACCUGAAGAUCGCGAGGCCUUCCUCAGCUCUCCAGCCUCAACCCCUCCAUUAGGAGUCAAGGCAAAUUUCGAAAAUGCUGAGAAUGCUUUCCACUUUGCUUUUCCACUUUUCGUCGGGGUCUUCGUCCUAUCCAACUUGGUGUUUGGAAUGAAGAUGUAUGUCCAGCUACGGAUCGUUCGGAGAAUGCACCUCGAAGACUAUCUACUUGGCCUUGGCUGGCUGGCGUACGCUGGAGCUUUCGGCCCGAUUGGUAUCAUGAUAUGCUAUCUCCCAGUUGGAGUGCACCAGUGGGAUAUUACAAUGAGGCGCCUCAUCAGACACAUGUUUCUCUACUAUGUGUCCAUAAUCGUAUGGGCCGUGGUUGCAAUCUGCGUCAAAGUUAACAUUCUGUUGCAAUACAUACGCAUCUUCAUCCCUAGUGGCGUCCGAAACGCAACAUUCUGGGCAUCGGUCACGCUGAUUUGCAUAAACUGCACCUUCGAAGCGCUGCGACUGUUCCUAUCGAUCUUUAAUUGCAAUCCGCGAAACAAAUUCUGGGACCAGUCCAUCAAAACGGGCCACUGUUUAGACUGGGUGGUCAUCAAUACCACCGGGAAUGCGAUCACGCUUGUUACCGACCUUAUGAUCUGGCUUCUCCCUCUACGGGUGAUUUUCGGCCUUCAGAUGAAGUUCGCCAAAAAGAUUGGACUAUCGGCCCUUUUCACCCUCGGUGUUUUUGCUCUCGCGUCGUCCGGGUUACGACUGCACUACUUCAUCAAAUUGUUGCGCAAUCGCGCAGAUACCACAUUCUGGAUGGCCAAAGUAUGCUUUUUCGCUACCACACAGUUAACGGCUGGAUUCCUUGUGGCCGCCCUUACCUCCUUCCCCAUAUUUGUCAAUCACACCAGGAAACAGCCCUGGGCCAUUCGUCUGGGCUCGUCCGUGAAGACUUUGCUGCAUGUUAGCAGGUCGGGUAGCCAACGCAAUAGUGCUUCAGCAAACACCACCAUUGGCGGUAACAAGCACAAGCACAAAGCAAAGAGCAACGUAGUCACUGAUGUUGAGUUUGAGGAGCUGGUCAAUAACACGUUGGAUAGUGUGAGCAUGGCAAGUGUAUCUCCGCCAGAAGUGGCUUAUGGGAGACGAACAGAUUGA